AUGGCGGGAGGCAAGUCCAGCGGCAACGCCGCGCGCAGCAGGAAGCGCGUCGAGGCCACCGUCCUCAAGCGCUCCAGGGACGGGAGCGCCUUCACCAGAUGCGAGGCCUGCAACAAGGAUGUCCCCGUCGUCCUCAUCGACAUGCACAGCUGCAGCCUCGACAACAAGAUCAGGAUGACGCUCGAGGCGCAGGUCGUUGAGAAGACCGUCGAGGUCGCCAAGGCCGCCGACCGCAAGAAGUCCUCUGCCAAGGGAGGCGGCGGCAACAAGGAUGCCAAGCGCAAGCGCUCGCCCACCGCCUUCUUCCUCUUCAUGAACGACUUCAGGAAGGAGUUCAAGGCCGCCCAUCCUGACAACAAGAGUGUCGCCACCGCUGCAAAGGAAGCAGGGGAGAAGUGGAAGUCCAUGACAGACGAGGAGAAGAAGCCUUACAUUGAAAGGGCCGCGGAGCUCAAGGCUCAAGCCGAGAAUGGCGAGGGAAGUGGUGAGACCAAUGUUGCCAAGGAGAAAGCCAAGACAGAUGACAAGGAUGGGGAGCAGGAGGUGGACCAGCCAGCAAAGAAGCGCAUCAGGCGCAAGGUUCUUGACGAGGAUGAGGAUGACAUCGGCAACCAGGAAGACGAGGAUGAGCAGAACGAGUUGGAUGAUGACAUGUAG